UAUGGUUUCGCUGGCACGUCUGGCGACGGCGACUGGUAGCAGCGUCUCUGGGAAUCGCAGUCGCAGUUGGCGGUCGCUGCGGCAAGUGGUUUGGUUGGCGCGCCCAGAAUCGCAUUUUUGAGCUACUACGGCCUGGCUAUCACGGCAGAAAGAACAGGUGUUCAAAUGGAUAAGAAUAAUUUGUUACAAUUAAUGUUAAUACAAGAGGAAGAAGAGGAUGAAGAGCAUAUGUUACUUCACCAUAUCUUCCAGAAAAGGCGUGGGAUCCAAAACUUAUUUGUCAAGAGGAGAGAAGAAGGAUAUUUCAAGCUACUCAUUGCCCUUUUGAAGACGGACGAUUCAAAAUUCAGAGAGUGUUUUCGUUUAAAUCUCGAUCAGUUCCAUUUUGUUGUAGCACUUAUACGAGACGACCUUACAAAACCAGGAACAAAUGCAGUUCCACUGCCGAUUACUGCGGAGGAAAAACUGGCACUAACAUUAAGAUUUAUGGCAACUGGCGAGACAUUCAGAUCUUUAGCAUUUGCCUUCAGGAUUUCGCACAGCUAUAUUAUUACUUUAGUAAAAGAAACUUUAUUGAGUAUGUGUAAGCAUUUAGUACCAAUGUUUAUACCAGCGCCAUCUACGGACGUACUCGAACGAAAUGCAGAAGAAUUCUGGCAGCGAUAGAAUUUUCCAAACUGUGUUGGAGCUCUGGAUGGCAAGCACAUACGAAUUUUCGCCCCUGCCAAGUCUGGAUCUUUAUAUUUCAACUACAAAGAAUACUUUUCUAUCGUUAUGCUUGCCCUAGUUGAUGCAAAUUACAAAUUCGUCGUUUUGGAUGUUGGUUCGUACGGAAAAGAAGGUGACAGUUCGAUAUUCAAUAAGUCAGCUUUAGGAAAAAAAAUAUUAACGUCCGAAGAUUUUUUCCCAAAAGAUCAAUUUUUACCGAAUUCAACCAAAAAA